CACCUUUUCAGGCACCAGAGCCUGAGCAGGGUAUUUUCGUUUUAAAAUUAAUGAGUGGGAAUGUAUAUGUUUUUGGAAAUCUAUUUUUUGUAGUGUAUGGGGAUUGAUGUUAAAUGUCCCUUCCCCGUAUGGAAUUUACUUAUAUUUUUGUUAUCCCCUUCCAGUUGGUAGCGACACUACCUACACCUUUUGAUUGUAGUUCGCCAUAAACCCCAAAGAAGAAUGAAGCUGGCUUCAUCUCCAUCAAUUUCUUUGUUUUAAUCUACUCAAUUGUUGUCUACUUUUAUUUUGUUCUCUUUGUCUGUCGGCCUAUACGGCAAUUCAACUUUUAGCUCUGAAUGUGUAGCCUACCAGAUUAAAUGAAUCAAUAAAACUCACAUCUUUCUAUCUCAGCUGACUAUUGUCAGUCAAGUAAGUACCCUCACGACCUCUAAGAUUCGCCGAUGGUAAAGGACGGCCGCGCCAUUUUGCGACUGAAAGCCUGCUGCCACCCGUACUGAACAAUGUACCCCAACUCGCUGACACAGUUGGCGCGGGCGAACCCCUUCAGCGCACCGCUGUUCACGCUACAAAAAGUCGAGGAACCGUCACAAAACCUUGCUGCCGAACAUGGACUAAGCAAACGCACGCUGGCCGCCGCUGCAGUGGCGGAUUCUGAAAUUAGCUGCGAGUUUGGCUCUAUGAAAUACUAUGCCUUGUGCGGCUUCGGUGGCAUCCUCAGCUGUGGGAUUACACACACGGCAGUCGUACCCCUCGACCUGGUCAAGUGCCGUCUGCAGGUGGACCCAGACAAGUACAAGAGCAUCUUCAAGGGCUUCUCCAUCACCAUAAAGGAGGAUGGCAUGCGGGGGCUGGCUAAGGGCUGGGCUCCUACUUUCAUCGGCUACUCCAUGCAGGGUCUCUGCAAGUUUGGCUUCUAUGAGGUGUUCAAGAUCACCUACAGCGAUUUUAUCGGAGAGGAAAACACCUAUCUGUGGAGGACCUCCCUCUACCUGGCUGCGUCUGCCAGUGCUGAGUUCUUUGCUGACAUCGCCCUGGCCCCUAUGGAGGCGUGUAAAGUACGUAUCCAGACCUGCCCUGGCUACGCCAGCAACCUCAGACAGUGUGCCCCCAAGAUGUUCGCAGAGGAGGGCAUCUGGGCUUUCUACAAGGGUGUGGUACCUCUGUGGAUGAGGCAGAUCCCCUACACCAUGAUGAAGUUUGCCUGCUUCGAGAGGACCGUAGAGCUGCUGUACAAACAUGUGGUCCCCAAGCCCCGUGCUGAAUGCUCCAAGUCUGAACAGCUGGUUGUCACCUUCGUGGCAGGAUAUAUCGCUGGUGUGUUCUGUGCCAUUGUGUCUCACCCUGCUGACUCUGUGGUGUCUGUACUGAACAAGGAGAGUGGCAGCAGCGCCAUCGGAGUACUCAAGAAACUCGGACCCAAAGGUGUGUGGAAGGGUCUGGUGGCCCGUAUCAUCAUGAUCGGUACCCUGACCGCCCUGCAGUGGUUCAUCUACGACUCUGUGAAGGUCUACUUCCGCCUGCCCCGUCCCCCUCCCCCAGAGAUGCCCGAGUCCCUCAAGAAGAAGCUUGGCCUCACCGAGUAACGAAACAAAUAUCGGCUUUAUCAACAAAUAGCAAUUCAAAAUAGCGGCCUUAUCAAAAGAUGUAAGACAGCGGCCUUAUCAAACACAUCCUUCAGUUAACAACCGCCUAGCACACCGCUCUCUACCUGCUAUAGUCAUAGCCACCUACACUGGGCUGGGCUACUGAUCAGCAGGAUUGGGGUUGAUUCAAUUUUAAUUCCGUGUCAGUUCUAGACGUAAACUUCAAUUAUAAUUUUAAAUGCAAAUGUUCUUAAUUGAAUGGAAGGUAAUUGGAAUUUCAGUUUACUUCCUGAAUUGAUUGAAUAGAAAUGUAAUUGUCCCCAGCCCAACUGGUCAUUGGUAAUGAUUCAUUAGGCAUACUAAAAUAUAAGAGGGAAGAUGGUUCCCCCCUGUGGGGGUAUAGAGGAAAGACUACGACAUGAAUGCAAUCAGGUUUUAACACCCCACCAUAGUUGGUCAAUGUUCUAAUAAAUGUGGAAACAACA